AAACAUUCUGAUUUUCUUUUCUUUUCUUUUCUUUUCCUUUCUUCUUUGAUGGAGUCUAAUUUUCAGACAAAAAAUUCAAGAUAGCAAUUAAAUGCUGAACUUUCUAAAUAUCCAACGAACGUAGCACGUAGCCAUGCAUGUUCAUGAUGGUUGAUGGUUUACGACCUAAGACAUUAUAAUUUUGGGGAUCUUUAGCUUAAGGAAAACAUUAUAUUGGAGAGGCAAAAUGGCAGGUGAGGUAGUAACAGUUGGAAACAAAACGGAGGAGAACAUAGUAUGCUAUGCUCCAACAAUGAUAACGACCAAUGGAAUAUGGCAGGGUGAAAAUCCACUUGAUUAUUCAUUGCCACUCUUCAUCAUGCAAUUGACGUUAGUUGUUGUCAUGACUCGCAUUCUCGUUUUUAUUUUGAAACCUUUUCGUCAACCUCGCGUUAUUGCUGAGAUCCUCGGUGGUGUAAUUUUGGGGCCAUCAGUAUUAGGAAGAAAUAAAAAAUUUGCUGAAACAAUAUUUCCUCUAAGAAGUGUGAUGGUUCUUGAGACAAUGGCAAAUAUAGGCCUUCUUUACUUUCUUUUUCUGGUUGGAGUAGAAAUGGACAUUGCUGUUAUUCGUCGAACAGGCAAAAAAGCCAUACCUAUAGCUCUAGCAGGAAUGGUAGUGCCAUUUCUUAUAGGAGUUUCAUUCUCCUUUAUGUUGCAUAAGAAUUCACAAGAUACAAAACAAGGGACUUUCAUACUCUUCCUUGGAGUUGCACUUUCUGUUACUGCAUUCCCUGUUCUUGCGCGAAUCCUAGCUGAGCUGAAACUUAUCAACACUGAAAUUGGUAGGAUAGCCAUGUCUGCUGCUCUUAUUAAUGACAUUUUCGCGUGGAUUCUCUUGGCUUUUGCCAUUGCCUUUUCUGAGAAUCAUAAUAUGGCUUUGGCUUCUAUUUGGGUGAUUCUGUCAAGUGCAGCCUUUGUUGUUUUCUGCAUUAUCAUCGUUAGGCCUUUAGUUGGAUGGAUGAUAAGACGAACUCCAGAAGGCGAAUCCAUCAGCGAGUUCUCUAUAUGUCUCAUUCUCACAGGAGUUAUGAUAUGUGGAUUUAUAACAGAUGCAAUUGGAACACAUUCUAUUUUUGGGGCUUUCAUAUUUGGCUUGGUUAUUCCUAAUGGUCCACUUGGUGUAACACUUAUUGAAAGGCUAGAGGAUUUUGUUUCAGGGCUUUUGUUGCCUCUCUUCUUUGCCAUUAGCGGCCUCAAGACAGAGAUUAAUGCCAUUGAUGGAGUUGGUACAUGGGCCAUUUUAGCUCUAGUCAUAGUCCUAGCUUGUGCUGGCAAGAUUGCUGGAACAGUUCUUGUAACUCUCUAUUAUAGAAUGCCAUUCUAUGAAGGCGUUACUCUUGGUCUUCUUAUGAAUGCCAAAGGACUCAUUGAGAUGAUUGUGAUCAAUGUUGGUAAAGACCAAAAGGUUCUUGAUGACAAAUCAUUUGCAAUUAUGGUCAUGGUAGCUGUGCUUAUGACUGCAUGUAUCAUCCCUAUUGUGACUAUAAUUUACAAGCCGGCAAGAAAGUUUGUGCCUUAUAAAAGAAGAACAGUUCAAAGUACAAAGCCAGAUAGCGAAUUCAGGGUACUGGUUUGCAUCCACACACCAAGAAAUGUUCCAACAAUUAUCAAUCUUCUUGAAGCCUCGUAUCCCACCAAGAAAUCUCCGAUAGGUAUAUACGUUCUUCACCUUGUCGAGCUCACUGGACGUUCAUCCGCCAUGCUUAUUGUCCAUAAUACGCGAAAAUCCGGCAGGCCAGCACUUAACAGAACUCAAGCUCAAUCAGAUCACAUCAUCAAUGCAUUCGAGAACUUUGAGCAGCACGUUGGGUGCGUCUCCGUGCAACCCCUCACUGCCAUCUCCCCGUACUCUACUAUGCACGAAGAUAUCUGCACCGUGGCUGAGGACAAGCGAGUGGCGCUCCUAAUCGUCCCAUUUCACAAGCAACAAACAGUUGAUGGCGGAAUGGAAGUUACAAAUCCAGCUUUUCGAACUAUAAACCAGAAUGUAUUAGCAAAUGCACCUUGUUCUGUUGGUAUUCUUGUUGACAGAGGACUAAGUGGAUCCACAAGGCUGGCUGCAAACCAGGUAUCUCACCAUGUCGCCGUGUUAUUCUUUGGUGGACCGGAUGAUCGUGAAGCAUUGUCCUAUGGACUGAGAAUGAGGGAACAUCCUGGGAUCAACCUCACUGUCAUGCGGUUCCUCCCUGGAGAAUCUGCAAUUGAAGCAACAAGAUCUGAUUCAAGAAAGAGUAGUAUGAAUGAUCCAGGAGUACUAACAGUCGUAACAGAUGACGACAGAGAAAAACAGCUAGACGAGGACUAUGUCAGCGAGUUCAGGGCACGAACAGCUAAUGAUGAUUCAGUUGUAUACGUUGAAAGAGUAGUGAAUCAUGGAGAAGAGACAGUAGCAGCAAUAAGGACAAUAGAUAACUCACAUGACCUGUUCAUAGUUGGUAGAGGACAAGGCACUAUAUCGCCGUUAACAGCAGGACUUACUGACUGGAGUGAGUGCCCGGAGCUAGGUGCAAUAGGAGAUCUAUUGGCAUCCUCAGAUUCUGCAUCAGCUGUUUCAGUAUUGGUGGUGCAACAGUAUGUAGGAAUGGGGGCAGGGGAUCAGCUUCUCAUACCAGACAGUCCUAGCCAGCAAUUACAUGAGCACUUUAACUUCAGCCAUAUGAAUCCUCGCACACAAAUCAGAGGACAGCAGCCUCAAUUCCAUACACAACCCUGAUAACAUUUGUAGGAUUUUUUGUUUUUGUUCUGUCAAAUGUUUUCCCAAGAAAAUAGUGAGAUUCUUUGUUACUUUUUUCUUCAUCUUUUUGAAUUUUUGAAACGCCAUCUUGGAAUGUGGAAGGUAGUAUUGGAUCCUGCCUAUCCAUUAUGUAUAAAACUUAAUUAUAAAGUUUCAGGAAACUGAUUGAAUUCCU